AUGAAUGUGUCCCUGGCCUUCAACUUGUUCACAGUUUUGGAGAUGGAUGACCUGAAGCAAAAACUCGCGAUUGAGGUGAUCGUGCAUCUUAAAUGGGAAGAUAAAAAUCUGAAGUGGAACCCGGAUGAUUACGGAGGACUAGAUGUCAUGUACUUCAACAAAGAUCAAAUCUGGACUCUUGGCAUGGACGUCAACAGCGAGAAACCGCUUUUUGAUUUCCCUUCUCAAAAUCUGGUAUUUCCCAGUGGCGAGGUCCGAUUCGCCAUUUCUGCUACGCUGGUAGCGAUCUGCAAUCUGGACAUGACCUACUUCCCAUUUGACACUCAGACGUGUAGAUUCAAUUUCGCCGCUGCCCGGUCUUCUCUCAAAGAUAUCCUUCUGAUCCCAGAAGUGGGUUCUGUGAUAGACGGAUACAUCGAACACGGUGAAUGGGCACUGGUCGAUAUACGUUCGGGGGUGGAAUACGUAGGACUAACUCCAACUCUCAAGUUUCCGCUUGCUUAUUUCCGAUUAACUUUACGUCGACGUCCAGAUUAUUACGUUCUCACUAUUAUCAUCCCUGUGAGUAUCGUGUCUUUCUUCGCACAACUAACAUUCUUAGUUCCCGUAGAGAGUGGGGAAAGGCUUUCCUACGCCCUCACAGUUCUCCUCUCUCUGUCCGUGCACUCCAGCUUAGUAGGGAGUCUAAUGCCCAGGUCAGCGUCCCACACGCCCAUUAUGAUGGAAUACAUCCUCAUCAUGUUCGCCAUUAGCGCUCUGUGCAUCGUCAUGACAGUCGUGGUCAACAUCGUUCACUGGAGCAGAGUUGUCGUCCUUAACGAUGGCCGGAAAGCGGUGAGGAUUGUGGGAAUUUCUAUCCCCAUAAAUUUGGAAAAACAAAAGAAUAAUAGUAAGAAGAGGAAAUGUAAGGCUGGCGUUUUCAAAAGUGGAGAGGUAGCACCCUACAGCGCGUGGCCGGGAACUAGUCAAGUGCACGGUCACCCUCUGCCCAGUGGAUACAACAAAGGUACUGGAGAACCUGCGCCAAAUCAUCCAGGCACUUUUUUUGCCCUAUCCAAGUUCAACCGAAGUAACAAAGAGAUCCAAACAGAAGGACCUGGGGCCGGAGAUAGCAGAAUUGAUUCUUACAAUGGAACAGGGGGAAAAAACAACCCGGACCCUCAGAUGGUUGACGAAUUCAAAUUCAAAGAAGAAAUAACCGAUCCUUUUGACGUUAAAUGCCCGUACCUCCGAAUGUUGGCGGAAAAGAUCAACUUGAUCAGCUUUGCGAUUCUAUUUUUGUCUUUUAUCGCAAUCAACGUUAUCACCAUAAUUAGAGUGAAAUUGGGGACAAGAGCUGAUUGA